AGCUGGUCUCCAGGAAUCUGAUAAACUGUCCCGGUUGCUCUUGUGCUGAUCUCAGGAUGUCAGGACGAGCGAUCAAUCCCCCAAAUGCAUGCAGUUCCACCAUCAUUAGUGUAAUUAAAUGAUUGUGCGACGUCACCGAGGAGCGCACCCGUCGAGGAAGUGACGUGUCGAGCCGUGCCAGAGGAAGUUUGUUGCGGCGCUGGGAGAGAAAGUUUCCCCGGAGCAGCUGCGCUUGGAGCGGGAAGAACCCUGACGCAGUGGACCGAGCGGACCGGAACGGAGAGAGAGCGCGUCGUGCGGCGCGUGGAUGCGUGUUGCGGAGUCGGAGAGGCGUGCAGUGGGUUCGUGAGGCCGUGUGAUCGUCUCUCCUCCCGCUCGCGGUGAGAUGGGGAAGGAGCAGGAACUGCUGGAGGCGGCGCGCACCGGGAAUCUGGCCGCCGUUGAGAAGCUCCUGUCCGCGAGGAGACAGUCGGGCGGCUCGGCCUCUGCGGGCGGCUCCGGAUCCUCCGGGAAUGUCGGGAGCGGCGGGCACAGCUCUUCCCACACGCUCUCCAGUCUGCUCAGGCCUAUUGUGUCCGCUCUGUUUGACAGUAUCUGGAGGGGCCCGAAUGUGAACUGUGUGGACAGCACUGGAUACACACCUCUACACCACGCUGCUUUAAAUGGACACAGUGAGGUGGUGGAAGUACUCCUGAGGAACGAGGCUCUGACGAACAUCGCUGAUAACAAGGGCUGUUACCCUCUGCACCUGGCGGCGUGGAAGGGAGACCAGCGGAUCGUCAAACUCCUCAUCCAUCAGGGGCCAUCUCACCCCAAACUCAAUGAACAGAGCGCUCUAGACCACACUGAGUUCAAACGCUGUGGCCCAUUUGACCCCUAUAUUAAUGCCAAGAACAACGACAACGAGACGCCGCUGCACUGUGCGGCUCAGUACGGACACACUGAGGUGGUGCAGCUGCUGCUGGAGGAGCUGACCGACCCCACCAUGCGCAACAACAAGUUUGAGACGCCGCUCGACCUGGCGGCGCUCUACGGCCGGCUGGAGGUGGUCAAACUUCUGCUCAGCGCUCAUCCCAACCUGCUCAGCUCCAACACCAAGAAACACACCCCUCUCCACCUGGCCUCUCGUAACGGACACCUGCCCGUGGUGGAGGUGCUGCUGGCCGCCGGCGUGGAUCUCAACUACCAGACAGAGAAAGGCAGUGCCCUUCAUGAAGCAGCUCUAUUUGGAAAGACAGAAGUAGUACAAAAACUACUCAACGCAGGGAUCGAUGUGAAUAUCGUGGACAGUAAGAGUCUAACAGCGCUGGACACUGUUAGAGACAUGCCCUCUCAAAAGAGCCGACAGAUCGCCGCCCUCAUACAAGCUCAUAUGAGCGGCCGUCCGUCAGACACGACCCUCCCUCCUCCACCAGUGCCACCUCAAGAGAGCCUGAGCCCCAAGAGAAAAGGGGAAAUGGAGCAGCAGGUCAGUGAGCUCAUAUCCGGUUUGGCUCCGAGCCCUGUGGAAGAGAGUCCGUAUGAAGCUCUGUUUGAGGCGUCCUCGUGUGUCUCACUGGACAGUCUGGCCAGCGGAAAGUCUUCGGACAGAGACUCCGGACGACCGGACAGCGAAGCCGGGAAGAAAGAGCGCCAUCCUCCGCAGAAUCAGCCUGCACAGGAAGAGGAUCUCAGCUCUGAGGCGGUUUACACUAACAGCAGUGUUGAUGAACGCGCCGAGCCUCUGGAAGAGGAAGAGCACCCAUAUGAACUCUUAGUCUCUGCACAGACCAAAAUCCCCAACAACACACAGAGCAAAGCAGAUGUGGAGGUCUCAGCCAAGUCUUCGAACAGUGUCCUACCUCAGGGAAAGACCACUGCACACAUUGACCUGCGACCUUCAGGGUCCAACACAAACACACUGCAGCCGCCUGCACCUCAUUUUAGCACCAGACAGACGCCUGGAGAGAGCUCAUCGCACGGUGAGGAUAUAAGCGCUGCCGUUCCUGAGCAGUUCACUGGUCUGCUUCACGGUUCCUCGCCGGUGGUUGACUGUCGCGAGGAAGCAUUCACACUGCCGUCCUCUGAAGUGAAGUCCGGCGAGGCUUCCAGCACUUCGACAUCUGCGAGUUCCGCCCCCCUUCCCCAUCCCAAAUCGGCAGUCACCAUGGAAACCAUUCUCCAGGACACUGACCCCAAAGCUAUCUACGCCACAGUCCACAAAGAGCCACGGGGUUCGCCAAAACACAACUCACCGGCGCGCGAUUCUCCGGUGACGAGAAGGAUGCUUCCGCCGGGCGAUCUCAAACUAGCACGUAGCCUUUCGAAGUCCGACUCCGACCUGCUGGUGUCCCCACCCGGUGAGGAAGAGACAGGGUUGGGCGGCCGAAGUGAGUCAGUGUCCAACUGUAGCACCACCAAGAGAAGGCUGGAAAAAUCACCUUCAUUCACUUCAGAAUGGGACGAGAGACAGAGGCAUUCCCUCUCUUUUCCAUGGAGACAGCGGCCGCCUCCGAGAAUUGAGAAGAUCAUGACUCUAAUUGGUGCUGGCAUCGACUUCUCAAAAGACCAGGAGUGCCCUGCCACAGGUGGAUCCGGGAGGCUGCUUGAACAGCCGGUCGGUGAUUGGUUGGAGAAUAUCGGCCUUCCGCAGUAUGAGAGCAAGCUACUGCUCAACGGCUUUGACGACCUGCGGUUCAUGGGAAAUGACGUAAUGGAAGAGCAAGACCUGAGAGAAAUUGGCAUCACGGAUCCAGCACAUCGCAGGAAGAUCCUCAGUGCUGCACGUUCUUUACCGAAGGUGAAAGCAUUAGGCUGUGACGGCAGCACGUCCCUCGCUGCGUGGCUGGACGUCCUGGGUCUUCAGGAAUACCUGCAGAACUUCCUGUCCAGCGGCUACCGCACGCUAGAAUGUGUGAAGAACCUGUGGGAGCUGGAGAUUGUUAAUGUGCUGAAGAUCACAUUGUUGGGCCACAGGAAAAGGAUUAUUGCAUCGUUAGCUGAGCGGCCGUAUGAGGAGCCUCCGGUCAAACCUCCCCGCCUCUCUCAGAUCAGAUGUCAGGAUCUCAUGUCCCAGACCUCGUCUCCUCUCAGUCACUCGGACUCCUACACGCGCUCCAUGGAUCCCCUGUUACCUGCAGGCGACUGCGGGAGGAGGAGAGGUCCCGACUCAGAAUAUGACGUGGCUGUUCGACAGCGGCCCAAUGACAGACCACAACCACAAGAGAGAUUUGAGGAACGUCAGCGGGAGCCUCGCUUGACCUUACGACCCCCGAGUCUGGCGGCGCCGUACACACCGGUCCAGAACUGGCACCAUCAACCCGAGAAGCUCAUCUUCGAAUCAUGCGGUUACGAGGCCAACUAUCUGGGCUCGAUGCUGAUUAAAGAACUAAGAGGAACGGAGUCAACGCAGGACGCCUGUGCUAAAAUGAGGAGGUCGACAGAACAGAUGAGGAAGAUCCCCACCAUCGUCCUCUCCAUCACGUACAAGGGUGUGAAAUUCAUUGAUGCUGUCAACAAGAACAUCAUUGCAGAACAUGAGAUCAGAAACAUAUCGUGUGCAGCUCAGGACCCAGAGGACCUCUGCACGUUUGCUUACAUCACUAAAGAUCUGCAGAGCAACCAUCAUUACUGCCACGUGUUCAGCACCAUAGACGUGAACCUGACCUAUGAGAUCAUUCUGACGCUGGGACAGGCGUUUGAAGUGGCCUAUCAGCUGGCACUGCAGGCCCAGAGGACCAGACAGCAGCAGAGCGCAGCCGGAGCGACGGAAAUCAUCGAGACCAAGAGCAGCAGACCUGUCCCCAAACCACGAGGGAGUAUGCGCAAGUCAGGGGUGGAAGCGAUGGAUGUGGACGCUCACGCUCAGAGCAGUGCCACCUGGAUCCUGGACUCCAAAGAUCCCAAGCGCACCGUCAGCACCAAGUACGAGACCACCAUAUUCUGAUCGGACCGCCCCUCACACCCUUUCCUUUCGCUCUGUGCCUUCACUCUGUAGAUAGACCCUGACCUCCCCUCGCUGUCCUCCACACAGAAGCCUCCUCUCCACUCACCUCUUUCUCCUCCGUCUGUCUCGCACAGCUCUAGCUGUCCAGCAGCCCUCGGCUGAAACCAACACUCUUUAAUCUCUGUCCUGACGUAGCCCUUUAAGUAGGUUCAGGUAGAAGUCCCUCUCACCUGUAGUCGUAUCGUAACUGGCCUGAAACCAAAGUGAAGCUCUGCUGAGGACCAGUGCUGUCGUUUAACCUCCCUGUUUCAGACGUGAAGAAACUAACAUUUCCUUCUCAUUCUGCUCAAAGGACUCUCCCUCCAUCCUCCACUCUGACGGUUUUUCUCUUAACUGGUUUUUCUUUCUUUUCCCCUUCUGUGGUGCUCAUCUCUGCCAGGCGUCGACCGCAGUGAGACACUGAUGAAGACUUCCUCUUCCUCCUCUUCAGUCUGAGCUAAAACACCUGGACUCCACUAAACAUGUAGCAUCAGAUCAAAACAGUCCACGCCGCACAGGAUUACGAUAAAAGGCACUUUCCAUGAAUAUGGUACAUUUUGGUGUCCCGUAAUUGUUUUUUGUUUUUUUUUUACGCAAAAAGGCACAAAUGACACAUAUAAAAAAUAUAACUAAUAAAUAAAUAUGUGAGAAGAACCGUCGUCAAACGUAAAAAUAGAGGUCUUGACCUUCACGAAUAUAUCCAACAAUUAAAAGAGUACAGCAGUGUUUUAAUUAACCUAAGACAUAAAUUACCAAAUUAAUAAUUUAUUGACUUUAAUUACCAAAAACAUAUUUAAACACAUUUAAACAAAACAUACUGUGUCCCGAAAUGUAAUUGCAAUGUAAUUUACUUUUUAUAAGAAAAAAAAAAAAAUCAUAAACUUACACCUUCAUUUGGACAUUUUUCUACAGCAUGACGGGGAAGAAGUAAAUAAUCUUAUUCCAUUAAAAAAAAAAAAACAAUUCACAAAUUAGUAUUGACUAUAUUUGUCAACUUCAACUACUUGACCCAAAGUUAUUGUAAGAAAAAAAAAUGAUGCAGCAAAUAAAUUUCUAUCAAUAGCUAAAAACAACUAGAUAGCAACAGUGACAGCUUAUUUUAGGCUGAAUCAGUAUUGUUUUUUUAUUUAUUUUUUUCCACGUUUUAUUUCAUGUUGUUUUUUUUUUUGUUUUUUUUUUAGUGAAUGUAAUCGUUUAUUGAUUCUAUAUUUUGUUUUAUUUUUGUUGUUUUGUGUUUGGUUUUGUUGUUUUAUUAUUAUUAUUUAAUAAAUGUAAUUUAUUUUUUUUAAACAUAAAUAAAUCAUGUUUUUAGACUAUUUAAACAGGAAUUCAUAUAAAAGUGAUAUCUGUAUAAUCAUCUCAUAAAAUCUGCACAGUAUUUAGUAUUUGGUUGAUGGACGAAGUCUUCUGAAGGUUAAGCACCUCUGUGCACUUUGCUAUGAAGAGACAAAAUGACAGAACCGGUUUUAAGCCCCAUUUUGUACCUUUUUUGUGGAAAGUGCCGGUAGAUUAUCAAAUGUCAAGCUUUUGUUGGGCUUUUUAUCUUACAUACUGGCAUCUAAACCUUUUAUUAUGGGCUGUGAGGACUAGAUGGAUUUUAUUUAGUCCUGUUAUGUUACUAUGCACAUCUAAUAGAUGAUACACAUUCUGUCCACUCCUCACAUACAGUUGAGACAUUAGACAGCUGGCAGAAGCUUGCUGGAGUGCAUUAGAAGUUAAUUGAAUUGGAAUUGAAGUACCUCACUGUAAAUUAGAUUUGCUGUCUGUUUAUGGAUUUGCGUCCAGCACUGUGAUUUGAUGUGUUGUCUUAAGUCUGAGUUGGCAAACUAGGCUGGGCCUAAACGUCUGAACCAAAUCACAAAGACUCAAAAUACCUCCUACUCAAAAUAAUCAAACUAAAACAAAAAAUAAAAACAAAAUGUAAUGUAUUGUAGGCUUCAUCUGAUAAGCAGACUAAAAUCAGUGCUUUGUAAAGUUCAAGCUGUGGUUUGGAAAUGCUAUUUGGAUUUUAUUUUCUUGUCUUAUGGAUUUAAAGGUGGAAUUAUAUGCAUAUAUUCUUCAUAAGCCUUAAAAAUCCUCAUAUGAUCACAUGAAUUUUGGGUGCUUAAGCAUUUACAAAUUCAUACCAUUUAUAUGGGGGUAUGAAUCCCAAUGAUAUGGAAGCCAUUUCUGCAACAUAAGAAAACAUGCUUUGGUAAAAGCAAAAACAUAUAAAGUCACACUUAUGAAAGAAAUCGAAAUUAUGAGAGUCAUAAAUAUGAUAUAAAAAGGAAAGAAAUUAUGAGAAGUUGAAAUUGACACACUAAAUCCAAUCUGCUAUAAAAAUUUGAUAUAAAACGUUAAAAGUAUGAGAUAGUAAAGUCAUAAUUAUGACAUUUGUAAUUGACACAAGUUGAAAUUGACCAGUAAAAGUUGAGAUGAAAAGUCAUAAUGACUUCUUUUUUUCAUUCUUAAUGUUAUAAUUGUCUUUUUAAUCUCAUUAUUGACUUUUUGUCUCAUAAUUGGACCUUUUAUCUUAUAAAUAUGACUUGGCAUCUCAUAAUUUUCCAUUCAUUUUCUGUCAUGAUUGUGAUUUACCAAAGCAUGAUUUUUUUCCUUCGGUGGUGAAAAUGUGCAGCUUUCUUCUCUCCACCUUCAUUUGACCUUACAUUUUAUUAGUUUGAUUUGUUUUAAUCCCUGUGUGUAUGUCUCCCUGUAGCUGACCGCUGUGUUGGAUGCCAAACAGAAAGGAAAGUUGGGAUGCCAGUGGCAGCAUGACUGUGGAUGAGACAUCACUUGUAUUGUGUGUGUGUGUGUGUGUGUGUGUGUGUGUGUGUGUGUUUAUAUAGAUCUAUGUAAGUGUCAGAUGUCUCCUCACACCUGCAGUGAGCUCCUCCCAUCCAUCACCAGGUUUUCACCUUAAACACACGAGCCAAAAACAAACAAAAAGAGUCCCGUCCACUUUAACGCUUAACAGAACCUCUCCCUCUGAAAAUCAUCUUGCUUUAAUCAGAUUUCAGAAGCUCUCCGACAGUGGGAACCCACAGCGGUCACUGUAUUCUCAGUGCUGACGUCGUCUUUGCUUUGAUUUCUUCGAGUUUUAUUUUCAUUGCGAAGCGACCGUCGACACGCUCCUGUUUUGUCUGUGAAUUUGUCGUCGAAACUCAUGUUCUUUCAUCUCACAAAGUCUAGAUGCUUUUAUUUUGUCUGAUAACUUCGAAAAUAAACCCAGUCAGUUAGAAACACUGAUUCCAGUUCAGCAAAACACUGAUUAGAGAGUACCGCCUUGUCUUUUGAUGUCCGGUUAAGAUCAGUCCAUCUGUAAGUUGAGAUCUUUACUGUCAGUAUUUUAAGUCAGGUGGCCAACAGGCUUUAGUACAAGUGGCAAGACCAUUCAAACAUAAGAAUUGUGAACUAUGGUGCGAGUUUCAAUAGGAAAGGUUUGGCCUUUGAAGGUCACAGACAGAAACUCGGUGCCAGAUUAGUGGGAGAUACUGUUGAUUAUGUUGUGACGUCUAAUGGUACACUAUUAUGAUAAGUUAAUAAGUGUAUGAUGGCAUGAGAACGGUACAGUCCAGAUCCUGGUACUUGUAGUGACUCUUACACGUAUACUGUGAUUUCUUAUACAAAACAAUGGUGUUAAUGUGACACUACAAACAACAGCGAGUUGUUUUUAUGUGUAGAGUUUUGUGUCUUUCCUCUAAUGAUUAAGUUGCAGAAAGCAGGGUAUGUCUAAAAAAUUAAAAUGAAACCGAUGAAAAGGUUUAAAAAUUGAAAUUUGCAUAGUCGUCUGUCAUGGACGAACCUGCGCUUGUGUUUUGUGUAGAUAAUAAUGCAGAAACAUGAGGUGAAGAUGGGAAAUAUUCCUGUAUGCAUUUAGCCCUAGUUUACAAGGAUUUUAGGUCUGGUACUUUUUAUUUAGAUUUUUCUUUUUUUUUCAUCAUUUUUAACAUGGUAGGUUAAAAAUGGGUAUAGUGCUAAAUACAAGCAGAUGCUAAUGCUAGCACCUGUAACAGCCGCAGUGUUUGCACAACUAAUCACGUUAGCGAAUACAAAGGUGACAUAUUCUUGGUUAAAUGAUUAAAAUGUAAACAAUAUCGAAUUGUAAAGUAAUCCUGGGUGGUCUGUCUUUUGAUACUUGAAUGAUUCUGCUUUUAUAGAUAAUUCUCUCUAUAUAUGUAUAUGUAUGUACUGUAUGUAUUUUUUUUUUCUCUCUCUUUGUUAAAUUUUUGGUCAUGUUUUUUGUCAUAUCUAGAGAGGAACGUCUUUUUAAAGCUCAACAUAUCAUGAUGCAAGUAAGCAUGAGACAAUGACAAUGGAAUCUCUGAGAGACCUUGCCACAGAAUCAAAGAGAACGAUUGUAAAUAAUCUUGGGCUUCCAGUCUUUUUUAUGAUUAUUAUUUUUCAUAAUUGUACAUCCAAUAAAUUAAGAGAUGGUA